UGCGGCCGUCUCUGGUGCCGCGGCUAGAUGACUAAAUUGUUGUGCGUGCUUCUUUCUGGAAAGGAAAAAGUGUAAAAUUAUCUUUGUCAUCGCAAUUGCAAAGAGCAAACAACGAUAGUUGCCCUUGGAAAGGUGUAUUGUGGCAAAGUUUCUCAUUUGGACAGCAAGGCUGUCGUGGAUUGACCAUUCGUCAGAGUUAAGAAGAGCACGAACGAAUGAUCGAGGACGGGUGUGGUGUUGGUGUUCAUUUUGGGACAAGACCGUGUCCGUGGUGUCUGGAGAGUUUCGUUUGCAGAAUCGGCUAAUAUGUACUGAUGAGACAAGAAUUGUAAGAAGGGUGAGAGACAUAGGGAGGGUGUUGACCGAAUCAGACUGCAAGUAAAAGUGCGACGGAGGUAGAGACUGUGCAGAGUAAAUUGGCUUUCCGUGAGCCGGUGUGGCAUCGGUUCGCCGAUCGCUGGCACCCGGGCCCACUCGGACCUCGGAUGUGUGUCUUCCUGGACGCAGAAAGUGGUAUCGUCUCAAUUACCCACUCUGUUUAUAUUACACACAUCCAAUGCGGAGAGACCUUCAGAGGAGAUUGUGCAGAUUGCAGAAUAUGAGUUUGACCUAAGGAUUAGGAUUAGAGUAGGUCUCCGCAGCCAGGCUCAGGCCACUGCAAUCGUCGCCUGGGAUUUUUGUCCAAGGUGGCGCGGGUGGGAAAGAAAGGCUAAAAGCAGAAUUGGUUUGUCAACUGUUGUGAGUUUGUGUUUGUGUGCGUGUGUGUUUGUGCGCGCGCGUGUAUGGAUCAGUUGGGCAGUUGGGCCCAGAGGUUAGGCGAGACCCUGUCAUACUGUCGUGCCGGUUGACGGUUUUUUCGUGCUACUGAUAAUAUCAACGAGGUCCGUCGGUAGACCAGGUUUGUGUUGAAAACUGUGCAAAGGAUAUCAAGAUGCAGGUGGCAACGUUAUUCAGGGAAAGCGCCAAUCUGCUGGGUGCUUCCAGUUUGGAUCCCCCACAAACUCAUCAUCAGACUGUUCAGCAACAACAAAUGCAACAACAACAACAAUCCGUUGACAUGCAUAUGAAUCAUCAUAUGCAACAUCACUACAAAAUGUAUCCCUCUCCAGUACAUAACGGUGGGCAGAAUGGCCAAUCUAUGAACUGUUCAGGGUCACAAGGUGUAAUGGUGAAGCAAGAAGCAAGAGAUGAUGGUUAUGAGACGAGUCCAGAUCUUGAGAUGAGGAGCAACGGUGGUGACAGUAGCCAACAGUACCAUACACCACUGACACCACAUACACCCCACACGCCACACACACCUCACACACCACUUACACCUAUAUCAGCCACACCACACCAACCCCAGCAACCAGGUUCAACCGCCGUCGCCGCGCUUGGUCAGAUUGCAAUAAAAUGUGAAACGCCAGUAGACCCUUACUCCUUUGUCGAUGAAGAAAUGUCGAUGGGUGGAAUAAGGACGGCCAGUAGUCCUGGUGGAAAUCCUGAAUCCAUGACGUGCCCUGGUGGUACGCAGCCAGGAUUAGGAACGCGGACUUGUACACCACCAUGUUCUUUAUCAAAUCAACACCAAAUCAACCUACUGAUGAACGGUGCUAUAAAUCCACAGUUGGUACAUCAGCCGAAGAAACGUGGUCGGAAGAAAAAAUCAGAGAUGAUUUUAACGCCAGAAGAAGCGGAACUAGCAGAAGCUAAAAAGAGGGCUAAGACGUAUAAGGAACGGAAGAAGCACGACAGAUUUGAUGGGAUGCCAGAAGAGGAAGUUAGCAAACGUAUAUUACCCGAUCACCUUACCAACAAUCUUGACAUCAUUAUAAUUGGUAUCAAUCCAGGACUGUUUGCAGCGUACAAAGGACAUCAUUAUGCCGGGCCUGGAAAUCAUUUCUGGAAAUGUCUACAUCUGAGCGGACUUACUCCUGAGCCCUUGACGGCCGACGAUGAUUACAAACUCCUACGUCUUGGGAUUGGUUUCACAAAUAUGGUAGCACGUGCUACGAAAGGUAGUGCGGACCUUACAAGAAAAGAAAUCAAAGAAGGAAGUCACGUUCUGCUAGAAAAAUUACGAAAGUACAAGCCUAAGAUUGCAGUGUUCAAUGGCAAACUGAUUUAUGAGGUGUUUUCUGGUAAAAAGGAAUUUGGAUUUGGGAGGCAGCCGAAUCUCGUUGAUGGAACUAAUACCUACAUGUGGGUGAUGCCAUCGAGUAGCGCGAGAUGUGCUCAGUUACCCAGAGCCGCAGACAAAGUUCCGUAUUACGCUGCUCUGAAAAAAUUUCGUGAUUACCUGAAUGGAACCAUUUCCCAUCUCGAUGAGUCUGACAUUGUCUUUGCCGAUUCGAAACUAAAGAAAAAGGAUCAAGAUCCAAGCGAGGAGAAGAAAGGACUCUUCAGCGAUGAUUUAACGAGGGACGGUGACAGCCGAAUGACGACAGACUUGAAUGGCGCAUUGAUCAAACAAGAGUCUGGUGCGAUUCCCGGCAAGAAGAAGCGCGGUAGACCAAAGAAAAUAAAGAAUCCGGAAGAUCAGCAGCAGACUCACCACGAUUCGGAAAAAAUCGAUCCAAACGGUGAAGUGAUAAAGAAGCGGCGCGGUCGGCCAAAGAAGAUACACCAGCAGCAGAAGCAGCAAGAACUAGAAGCCAAAGAGAGAGAGCAUCAUCAUCAGCAGCAGCAGCAGCAUCAGAUGAUGGCGGCACACAUAAACGACGGCUACGGGAAUUCCCUGUCCAAUUGUUUCUCACCUCCCCUGAUGUCGCCGCCCAAGACCUUUGCUCACAUGGCACCAUACUCGCAAAACAUGAACGAGCCGAGUUAUUUUGGCCAUGGAAUGAACGACAGUCCCUACGGCAUGAAUCCAAAGCACAGUCCAGUUCAUCUACAACAGCACUACAGCCAAAGUCCCAAAUCCAUGUCCCUCUCCUUCACACACUCGGACCUCUCCUCGGAAAUCAAUACAGCCAUAUCAUCGGAAAAUAAUCUUGAACCCUCGCCCUUAACCUCGCCGAGUGUCGAGCACCCGGACUUUGAGCCGCCCAGCAGUAUUUCUCAGCAGAACAUGAGUAACGGACCUGGCUCGUACAAUCCGGGUGGUAAUGGUGACAGUACAGGCCAUCACGGCAGUCCGGGCACACCGUCGCACUCGAGCUACACGAGCUACAUGGGCUACCAUGAACAGCAGCAGCAGCAGCAGACGCCCGACUCGCACAAUCAGCAUCCCCAUCAAGCGACACCCACGCCCCUGAGUCAGACGGGCGACGAGCACUCGCACCAUUCGCAUCAAACACCGCCUCACAAUCAUCCGCACACGCCGACCCACUCGUCCAUGUCGCCGCAUCAUCAUCCGCAUGAGUAUGGCAUCAAGAGGAACGGCAAUCAAGACGUCGCGUCCAAGAGUCUGAGUGAUUUGGAGUCGCUGGUCGAUCAGAUACCGAGUAUCACCGAUGGUGGCGGACAACGAUUGCAGCAUGGUCAUCCCGGCAUGUCGGACGAGUCGCUCGCUGAGAAAAUGGAGGCCCAGCAUCAGUCAUAUCUCUCGAGUUUCGGCAAUUCCAACAUGUCCAACUACAGUCCACCUCUGUCGCAGAGCAACAGUGUGUAUCCUAGUCCUUUGCAUCAUUCGCCGGGCGAUAAUUACGGAUCCUUGUAUUCAAUGAAUGCGCGCCACGUGGAGGCUCAACAGCAGCAGCAACAUCAUCAGCAACAGCAGCAGCAGCAACAGCAGCAGCAUAGCAAGUCCUACACAGUGGAAAAUCUUGCAUCGAGCAAUUAUACACCAAGUGUCAAUCAUCCAAAUUCGUAUCCAAACAUCAUACCGAGUCCUCACUAUCCAAUGGGAUCGCCGAAUGGUUAUCUCUUCAGCGGUCUGGAAUCUAGUCUGAUGCAGCGUACUUAUGGGAUGGGAGGCAUGAGCGGAAUGGGAGGAAUGCAUCCCUCGCUGGGUCAUAUGUCCAAUCCCUACUCGUACAAUGGAUCCUAUUCGAGUUCGUUCGAUGCCUAUCCAUCGCCUCCAGCUGGGAUUCAUGCACCAAGUGCUAAUUAUCCGAGUUACGGUGGACCUGGUGCUGGCACUCCUGGUCCCGGGAAUUCUACACCGCCGUCUUACCUCCCACCUCAUCACAGACCACCUGUCGACCUGGCCUAUGAUGGUGUAUGAUAAUCAGUGUAAACGGAAGAAGACGCUGCUGCUGCUGCUGUUGCUGCUGAUACUGAUCGAGCUCCAGCUGCUGCUCCAUGGAAGUAUAAUCUUUUUCUACGUAUUUUUACACGUUGAACUCUGUCGCGCCCAAUCGUUCUGGACGUGCGCUGAAAAGUGGUGGGUGUUGUUCUGAACUUGUGUAUAUAGAAAAAAAAA